AUGGCCUUUCAUCUUUCAUCUCGUCAUGCUGUUUCGCAGGUCGUUGGCAACAGUGGGCAGCAGAAGCAGUGGAUGCAGCUCAGAAAUGAAGACCUUUCUGACGAUAGGCUGCCGUCUCUUUACACGGGAGAUUUUGGAGAUUGUAUGGCCAACUCCAUGGUCAAACUCACACAGUUUAACGCAGCGUACUAUCAGGAUAAUCUGACUGUGGUCUUCCACCUGGACGGCCAUACAUCUCUCCUUAAUGAGUCCCUGAUGGUGUACAUUGCUUUCUUCGCCUACGGGAAGCGGAGAUUUGAUUUGGUGUUUGAUCCCUGCAAUGCAAAUAUACACAGUCUCUGUCCUAUGAAUUCCUCCCGUCGGAUUGUAGACGGUGGCUUUAUUCCGGUUGCUCCUGCGGAUGUCUCAAAUAUUUCACCGUUAGCUUUCCGAAUACCUGAUUUCGAGGGACGAGCCGUCAUACGACUUUUUUCUAAUUCCACACAAUCACAGAUAGCUUGUUAUGUCUCAACAAUGACUAAUGGCAUUACAUUAUCGCAUCCACAGGUUGUGGGAUCCAUCCUAGCCUUGUUAAUUUCAGCUACCUUCGUUUUAUCCCUCGCAACCAUCAUCUAUGGCGAGGAUAUAGCGAACAUGCAAGCCCGCUAUUCCCACUCCUCGUCAUUACUUGUCACUUUUACCGUUCUUCAUCAUGUCUAUUUUACCGGUGCCGUGUCUGCAAACUGGCCUCGCGUAUUGGUGGCCUUCUGGUCCAACUUUGCACCCUUUGCGGGGAUGAUUUAUUCCAGAUCAAUUCAAAGCUCAAUAAAUAGAAUGGUUGGAGAGGAUAAAGGAGAUCUUCGUGUCCUCGGAUCUAGGCCUGUUGGUACUGUGUCACCCAACUUGGGUGGUUACAAUAUCACAGAUAUAUACGGCUCGUUCGCAUCUGGCAGGCGUCCUGAAGUUCUUGAUACCGGGAAAUGGGCAGACGCAGUUGAACAGAACUAUCGUAUUUCCGCACCCUCAGUCUCUUCACAACCUGAAACAUUCCAAUGGCGUGGUCAGCUUGUUGAAAAUGGGUUUCCAAUACCGGGGAAUUAUUCUGGCUUUGCAGGGACUCUCGCGAUGCAGAAAAUACCAGCUGUGAAUGCUUUUACUACGGGGCUUUUUUGGUUUAUAGUGCUAGUUGCUAUCCUCAUCUCUGUUAUUCCUGCGGUAAAAUUAACGAUUGAGUUACUUAUCCGCUGCAAUGCCAUCAAGGGGAGGCAAGUGGAAAAUCUAGCGUAUCUCCGGAUACACUGGCUAGAAUACAUCUCGGGAAUGAUACUACGAUCCUUAUUUAUCGGGUUUGGAAUGCUCAUGUUCCUUGCUCUAUUUCAGUUCGGUUUCGGAGGUGCACUCCCGUCCAAAGCGCUGGCAGCUAUUACAUUCCUCAUACUCCUAAUCGGGUCUGUCUCUAUUACAGGAUAUGUUAUAUCGUAUCGCAAUUCCCAUUUUACGGUUAUUCCGGAGAGAAGUAACCUGGUUUUUGAAAGAAAAAACCUAUUAAAAAUUAUCCCUUGGUUUGUCCUGGUAAGAAAGGGUGGAGUUGCAUCGAAAGAAACACCAACUGCUUUGCCAAUAUAUCCUUGGUGGAAAACUUGUAUCCAUGACCCGGGUUCGGGCGAGGCUAGGUUCUUUUUGAGAUUCGGUUGGCUAGUCGCUCGCUUUAAGGAUGAUAGAUGGCACUUUUGCGUAAUAUGGCUCAUACAUGAGUUUCUUCGUGCGUGCUUCUUGGGGGGAGCUAUUGCAAACCCGAUAUCCCAAACCAUUGGACUGUUAAUCCUCGAGAUUAUAUUCAUGGUUUGCGCCAUAGCCAUGAGACCCUUUGAAGCUAAACGGCUAAGCGUUGUCUUAUACGCGCUAUCAUUCAGCAAUAUAUCAUCAGUGUUAUUGUCCAUCCCUUUACUGACUCAACACAAUCUCAAUAGACUAGCCACCUUCGCUAUUGGGAUGGUCAUAGUCUUCAUCCAAAGCCUUCUUGUUGCUCUCCUGGUCCUAUCGAUGCUAACCGGCAUCGUAACCAGUUAUAUAUCCCUUACUAGGCGUCAAGGGAUCCCAGUUAACCAACAUCCUUCGCAUCAGAUACGAAUGGGGUUCUUGGAGCAUGUUGAUAGAGGAGUCAACUCUCGCUCGGGUCCUCAUCUUUGCGCUCCUAGUUCGAUAUCACCACCGUCCAGGGAGACAGGGUUUAUAGUUCACUCUGUCCGGAGAUGCCCGAAAAUUAUAGAUGAGAGUCCAACGCCUUAUUACCGGAAUCCAUCCACGCCAACGUCCUCACGGCAUCCACUUCACCCUUUAUCUGCACCUUCAUUCCCUACUUUGGACCCGUUUAUGCCUUCCACUACCACAGGUUCUGCUAUCCCGAGUUCUCAAAAUACACAUUCCACCAAUCCAUUCAAUACCACCGCUACACACUGCGUUUCUUCGGGUCUUCAAAGAAUGGAGUCACUUGGACGUUGUGGUGCCUGCUUUAAACCACUUAAUGGUGACCUCUACAAGAUGGCCUCCUUAGAAACAGUGCUUUCUCGGUCGACAACUGGGCAGGAAAUGAGUCAAGACGAUAGUUUGUGUCUCACUGACACGUUUGAAACUGCAAGAUCUGAUUUUGACCCUCUCACGGAGUUUGUAACACCGGAAGACAUAGAUACGCAGGAUACAUCUUACUCCAAGUUCUAG